CGGCAAUCAUGUGACGGCGGGUUCAGGAGGAAGUGGCUGAAGGAGUCGGAGGUACCUGCGGCAGAGGACAGCGGCGACCUCGGCAGUCCGAGCCAGGUGUGGGGAACGUCCCCGCGGGAGGAAGGGGCUCAUCAUGGCGGAUGAUUUGAAGAGAUUCCUCUACAAAAAGUUACCAAGUGUUGAAGGUCUUCAUGCCAUUGUAGUCUCAGACAGGGAUGGAGUGCCUGUUAUCAAAGUGGCAAAUGAUAAUGCUCCAGAGCAUGCAUUAAGGCCUGGUUUCCUGUCUACUUUUGCACUUGCAACAGACCAGGGCAGCAAACUUGGACUUUCAAAAAACAAAAGUAUCAUUUGCUACUACAACACAUACCAAGUAGUCCAAUUCAAUCGGUUACCAUUGGUGGUGAGUUUCAUAGCAAGCAGCAGCGCAAAUACUGGACUGAUUGUCAGCCUAGAAAAGGAACUUGCUCCAUUAUUUGAAGAAUUGAGACAGGUUGUGGAAGGUUCUUAACCUGACUGUGGCCUGACCCUGGCCAUGUUGUGAUCCCAGUGAGUCCAGUCCAGCAACCUUGACUAUAUCAAGUAAUGUGACUCCACACACUCAGAAAAGACAACUUUUCCCAACUUAGACUGAAGAAGAAGAUUGUAUUUAUUAUUUCUAAAUGGAUGGACUGUUGUAUUGGGUUUUAGGCUCAAUUCUUCUGUAGUAUGAUUUCUGGGGAGACCACUAAAAAUGGUUCAGUAUCUAUCACAGCUCCCAUGGAGUUUAGCUCAGCCACCAAUGAGGGAUGAGAUUCUCAUCCAGUGGAUCAGAAUCCAAAUGAGCCACCUAAAGCUCCCCUGUUGUGUACAGUACAUAUAGGCUUGCAGUAGGCAGGCCCUGCUCUGUAUAUGCUAGUGCUUUAUUGUGAAUAAUAGAGAACUUAUUUUUGUGUGUGCCAUGUCGUAUGUCUGCCCUGAGUGAGAGGAAGAUAGCCUCUAACAGCAGUAAUAAACCAGUACAAUCACUAACUACCCCUGUUUAUAUCAUUGUGAGGUAGAGUUUUAAGAAAGCGUUACUAAUUAGUAUUUCUCUUUAAGGUGUUGUAUGUCUAAAAAGAAAUCUCUUGCUUUGGAUUUAGUUUUACAUUCAGCUAUCAAUAACCAAUCAGUAUUUUGAUGUUUUUCUCUUUGUACAAUUUAAAUGUGAAAAUCAAUAUCAAAGCUUUGGUUUGUGAUGUGUAUAUGAAUACCAUAAUACAGCAGUUUUUUCCUUUUCCUAAAUAAGGGUCUAAAUAAAAUAGUAUUUUGUAAAAUUAUAGCUUGACUACUUAGUCAUACAGUACUGGGGGAAGGGGCAGGAGGUGAGCAAGGCCCACUUCUAAGGAUAAGAAGAUCGAAAGGAGUUUCUCCUGGUGGGACAGUGGCUGAGCCAUGAAUCUUACUGGCCUAGACAAGAGGUGACAAGGACCCGAGGUAGGGUGGCUAUGGAGUGACUAGAAAAAAAGGGGAUACUGAUAGCUGAAUCCAUGGGACUUCAGGAGAUUCUGGAUGGCCCUGGGUUAUACCCAGACAUAGAAGGUCAGACUGGGGUUAGAGAGGCUGAGAGGGAUUGUUCAGAUAUAGGAAGAGAGCUGGCAGAGAGAGCAGUGUCAAAAAACUGAGGUAGGCCAAGUAUCCAAACAACACUUAGACUAAGGGGUGUUUUGGGCAGAGAGCUGGUUCCAAACCCACAGGACUCCCCACAAGUGAUGCUGCAGUGCAAAUGAGUGCAGCAUAAAGGACCAGACAGUGUACUCUUAGGUCAGAGAAGGCUUCAUAUUUGUAAUCUGAGUUGGAGAAAGGGAAGGACAUCAAAAUAAGAGACCAGAGGUGAGAAGAAAGGAAGUCUAUUCCAAACAUGGGGAGAGUGUAAGAGAGGCAUGGAGACAGGGAAAGAACAGAAGUGGGGGACAGAGAGUAGCGUUCCUCUGUCCUAACUUUAAGGGGCUGGGAUCACUUAAUGCUGCAAUGAGAGGUCAGAACUGGUCUUUAUAAACUACUUAGAGUUACCAGCGUUGAUUUGGGGAGAUGGUUUGUAUACCUGAAUUGCUAUAAUUACCUUUUGUGCCAUGAUGGAGUUCUUUCUUUUGGAUACUCGUAGAAAAGUACAUACAACCUUUAAUCUUUGUUAUCUUUGAUUCUGCAUAAUGGGAAGAUGCUCCCUUUCAUGUUUUUAAAUAGGAUGCAUGUAAUUAUAUAUGUGUAUACAUACAUAAUUUAUAUAUACAUAUAGUCAAUGUAGUUUGGGCUUUAGUAAGCUUAAAUUGCUAAGAUUUUUGAGAUGUCCUGUAAAUAGACAUACAUACAUUUACAAACAACUAACAAGCACGGCAUCUAAUGAAUGCCAAUUAUUGUGGAGGAGCUGUGUGGUGUAGAGUUAAAAUCAGGAGGACCUGGGUUCAAAUCCUGGCUCUGACAUUUAAAUUUUGAUCCUGGGAAAACCACUUAACUUCUCUAAGACUCAGUUUCCAGUCAAAUGGAAAUAAUGAUAAUACCAAUAGUAUUUCCCAGGUUGUUGUGACAAUCAGAUGAUGUGUGUAAAGUGCUUUGCAAGCUUUGAAGCGCUAAAUAAAUACCAGUUAUUCUUA